GAUUACAAAGCCAUUAACAUUUGCUGACUGUGUUGGCGAUGAACUUCCUUUAGGAUGGGAAACUGUUUAUGAUCAACAGAUUGGAAUUUAUUACAUGGACCAUAUAAAUCAGCUCACACAAAUUGAGGACCCAAGAGAGCAGUGGCGAAGAGAGCAGGAACGCAUGCUAAAGGAAUAUUUAAUUGUUGCCCAGGAGGCACUUAAUGCCAAGAAAGAGAUUUACCAAAUUAAACAGCAGCGUUUUGAGCUAGCCCAAGAAGAAUACCAGCAGCUGCACAAAUUGUGUGAGGAUGACAGCCGCUCCUAUGCUAGUGCAUUCUCUGGAUUUUCAACUAAUACCAAGUAUGACCCAUAUCAGAUUAAAGCAGAAAUAGCAAGCCGUCGUGACAGACUUUCUAGACUAAAACGAGAGUUGGCACAUAUGAAGGAAGAACUGCAGUAUAAAGAAAAAGGAGUGGAAACACUACAAGAGAUUGAUCGUAAGAUGUCAAGUGCUCAUACAAAUUAUAAACUGGAUGAAGCCCAGGCCAUAAUGAAUGAGCUCCGAACCAUAAAAAAAGCUAUUUGUAUGGGUGAGAAAGAAAGGCAGGACCUUAUGCAGAGCCUGGCGAAGCUAACGGAUGGAUUCAGGAAUAGCUGUUGUAUUACAGAUUCCCUGCAAGGUCUCCAGCACAAUUCUAGUUCACUCCGUGAUUCCUGUUUACCUCAACAACACUGUGAUGCUUGUUCUCAAACUGACAUCACUGGAGAGUUUUGCUUUGAUGAUAAAACGAGACUUGUGGACAAAGUAAGACUGAGCUGGCAAUAUGAAGAGGCCAAAAAGAGAGUUUCCAAUAUACAGCAGCAGCUGGCCUUGCUAGAUAAUGAAUCUUGGCCAGGAAUGGCUGAGGCGGACAGGGACCGUCUUCAGCUCAUCAAGGAGAAAGAGGCUCUCCUUCAGGAACUGCAGCUCAUCAGUCAGCAGAGACGAUCCCCAGAAUACAUUGCACGUUUGGAGGAAGAAAAAAGGCGCUUGGAGAAUGAAAUUCAGCAGGCUCGGGCCAGUUCUGCUCAGGGGGCCACUGAAAGGAUACUGUUACAGGAGAAGAGAAAUUGUUUGCUUUUGCAGCUGGAAGAAGCUACUCGUUUAGCCUCCUAUUUACACUCCCAGUUAAAAAGUUUAUCUGCUAGCACCCUCACAAUGUCUUCUGGCAGCAGUAGGGGAUCACUGGCAUCCAGCCGAGGAUCACUGGCGUCCAGCAGAGGGUCUCUAAGCUCUGUCAGCUUCACAGACAUCUAUGGCCUCCCACAGUAUGACAAAUCAGACAGUGUUACUGACUAUGCACAACAUCUGCGCUUUGACCUGAUUCCAUUUGAUUCUCUCAGUAAAGAUGUGCAGUACUCUGAUUCCACUGGACAUUGUAACUUCAAUAAACAAAGAAGGUCCUUGGAUACUCCUCAAUCCCUGGCAUCCCUGUCAUCACGGUCCUCCUUGUCAUCGUUGUCCCCUCCAAGUUCCCCUCUGGACACACCCUUCCUUUCUGCUUCUCGGGAUUCUCCACUUGCCCAGAUGUCAGGAUUUGAGGAGAUAGCGGGUGUAGGAGCCCUAGAAAUGCGCAGAGCUCAGGCCUCGGUUUUGGGUGACGAUGCCCAAGGAACAACUUCAUCACAGACGCCUGCUUACCCCGUGGAUGAUGGACUGCAAGAAAUGGGACCACACCUGGCAAACAUCCAAACUGGUGGAGCCGUAACUCUACGAGAAGACAGUGCAAGAAGGUCGGCGAGGCGAGCCAGGCGAGUCUCAGCAUGUCUAUCCGAUUAUUCACUGGCUAGUGACAGUGGCGUGUUUGAAGCUUUAAGCAAAAGGAAUGAUGAUGUUGAAGACCCUGUUUACAGUGAUGUUGUUGCUAGUAGUGAAGAACCACAAAUACAUGUUGGAUUCCUGCAUGAUGGUGGAAGUGAAAGUCUCCUAGUCCAUGUGUUAGAGUUGAAGAACUUUACUGGUCCUGUUGUGAAAGAAGGCUGCAAAAUACAUGUUCGAGUUUACUUACCUCCACUGGAGUCAGGCACACCAACCACUUACUGCUCUAGAGCUUUGGAAUUCCAAACUCCAUUAAUAUUUAAUGAAGUUUUCCGAAUCCCUGUGCAUUCAAGUGCAUUGAAAUUAAAAUCGCUGCAGCUGUAUAUUUGUUCAGUUGACCACCAGCAGCAAGAAGAACUUUUGGGUAUUGCUCAGAUUAGCCUGGCUGAUCAUGAGAGUUCCACUGAGAUGCAGCUUCACUGGUAUCCCGUCCAGAUAUUCACUGGUUCAGACCCACAAAGGGCGAAGGACAAAAAUCAGUGUGAAGAAAGCACUCCACAGAGUUCUAGAAAUACGACUACAGUGAAAUCGGAUGCAGUGACAGCCCUAUUAGCUAGGACCACAGCUCAGCUGGAAGCAGUGGAGAGAGAGCUGGCAGAAGAGAGAGUGAAAUUGGAGUACACAGAGGAAGAAAUCCUAGAGAUUGAAAGAAAGGAAGAUCAGGCAGAAGCUGUAUCCGAGAGGAGUUGGCAAGCAGAAUCUGUUGACAGUGGAUGUAGUAAUUGCACUCAGACCAGCCCACCUUAUCCAGAGGCAUGUUGUGGCGAUUCGUUACGUGGACAUACAUUUGCAGUUCAGGCAGGUCAAUACAGUUCUGGGAAAGUGCAACCUCCACCCCUAAAAGUGGAUAAAGAGACUAACACAGAAGAUCUCUUUCCAGAAGAAGUCGCUAUUCUUCCAAAAGAGAGAACCUGCCGCAGGCCCCGUGGUUCUGCUUUUGUUCGUAGUAGCACUAUUGUUCGAUCACAAACCUUCUCACCUGGCGCACGAAGUCAGUAUGUUUGCAGACUGUACCGUAGUGACAGUGAUAGUUCAACCCUGCCAAGGAAGUCACCCUUCAUCCGCAAUACAUUGGAAAGGCGUACUUUGCGCUAUAAGCAGUCCUGUAGAUCUUCUUUGGCUGAGCUUAUGGCAAGGACAUCCCUAGACCUGGAGCUGGAUCUCCAGGCAUCCAGAACUAGACAGAGACAACUGAAUGAGGAGAUAUGUGCUUUGAGAGAGUUGAAGCAACGUCUGGAAGAUGCCCAACUCAGAGGGCAAACUGAUCUUCCCCACUGGGUCCUUCGGGAUGAACGAUUCCGGAAUUUGUUGAAGGAAGCAGAGAGACAGACAAGACAGACCAAAUUUGAACAUCACCAAGAACAAGUAGCUGAAAAAAUGCUAAAGAAAGCAUCCAAAGAAGUAUACCAACUGCGUGGACAAAACCAGAAAGAACCUAUUCAGGUGCAGACGUUUCGAGAGAAGAUAGCAUUUUUUACAAGGCCAAGGAUUAACAUACCUCCUCUGCCAGCUGAUGACGUGUAACAUGUGCAUUGUAAA